AUGGCGACCUUCUUCCAGCCCGGCUUUGAGGACGCCGGCGGUGUCACAAACUGCACUGUGAACGGGUUCCAGAUCUUCUGCAACGCCGUCCUGCCCUCGGACCGGCUCCUCGUCGGGUGGUACCAGGGGUUCACCAUCGUGCUCGCCGCAACCACAUUCUGCAUCCCCAUCCUUUUGCAUGCCCUGUACAAGCUGCUGCGGUCGCGGCGGCCAAAGGGCUAUGAGCCGAUACGAGCAAAGCCGAAAGAGAGCGAGAAGGAACGGGAUCGAAGAGCAGCCCGCAUGACGAUGGCGUCGCGUCGACAAACACCGACGCACUCGCGACAGACGUCGUACUGGACGCGGCUGUCGCAGAGCCGUGUCUCCGUGAACCAGGCCCCGUCGUCGCCCGAACACACGGCAACGAGCCUCGGGCAGACGAGCCUCGGGCAAACGAGCCUCGGGCAGACGACGUUCGCGCGCUCCCAGUCCAGCAUGGGCACGUACGGGACCGCAAGCCUCCGGCGGUUCACGCAGCACGCGUACUCAUCGAGCUCGGCGGGGUGGAGCACGUUCUCCACGUGGCGCAAGCCCAAGGACGACGACUCGAUGGUGCUGUCGAACCGCGACUCGUUCGCCAACCUCUCGCUCCGCGGCUCGCUCAGGCACACCAAGUCGUUCACCGUCCUCAGCGACUUUGACUUUCACUUGGACCCCGCCGAGACAAACAAGGCUGACUUUGUCGUGUUCCCCCUCCACAUGCCGCAACGCAACAGCCGCAAGCUGCUUCCCGGCUCGCCCUCGUCGCCCUCGUUCGGCAGCCCCCCGCUCGCCCCGAGCGACUUCAGCCCCUGGGGCGGCAGCCCGCGCAUCGGUCCGGGCACCGGCUCGGACUGGAGGCAGACGUUCCACUCGCGACCCGGGAGCGAGUGGUCGACCAGCAUGGGCCCCCAGAAGAUGAAGCUCGGCGCCGUCGACCUCGACGACCUGAGUGAGGACGCGCUCUCGGUCUCCAACCUGGGAGACACGGUGACGGACCUGCUUGACCGGUUCAUGGAGCUCGAACUGAACGGCUUUGCGCUGCGGUGCGCGCCAAACUCGACCGGGGAGGAGAUCGACUCCCUCGUCGACGCGCUGCACUACCGCGGCUUCUCGAGCAUUGUGUGCAUCGACGAGGAGCACCCGGCCCUGACCGACCUCGAUCUGGCCCUGCCGGCGGGCCUCAUCGUCGAGAACGCGUGCAUCCUGCCGUCGGGCGAGCCGCGCGACUUUUUCCAGUCGCGUCCGCUGCGCGACCUGAUGGCAAACUGCGCACGCGAGCGCCAGAACCGCCCCGAGUUCUUCGUCGGCUUCCUCGACCAGUGGGAGAACCGCCCGCACCCGGCCGUAAUCCGCCGCGCGAUCAAGAUCGCAGAGCACUACGGCGCAGUGUUCGAGCACCGCCCCCGCCUCCUCGGCUCUGCGGCUACGAGCACCCGCACGAUCGGAGGGUUCGAGUACCUCCGCCGCCCCGAGAUCAUCGACCUGCAGCGCUCGUGGGGGUCGGACUCACGCCCCGUCGACCUCUCGCCCGGGGGCGACCCGACCCGUCUCCCGAUUGCUGUCGUCGAGGAAGCCAUCCCCGGCGUCGCAGACUGCCUCGCCUACAAGGACCUGCCCGAGGAGCUUGCCCGCCUGCAGUACGAGGUUCACCAGCUCGUGCCCGCGCCCAACUACAUGGCGGCGUACCGCGACACAAACUUUUGGGCCCAGGGCACGGACGGCGCCAUUCUCAGCGAGCGCGGGUGCUUUCCGCUCGGUAGCGAGCCGCACGCGGGGCACUACGAUGCGAUCGUCGCGGAGCAGUCGCAGCUGCGCGUGCUCGAGAUGCUGCACCCGGUGCGGAGCGCGGACGAGCAGGCCAUCCUCAGCUCCCUGCGCUCACUCGCCGGCGACCCUAACGCAGACAUCCUCCUGCAUGACCUGAUUCAGGGGUUGAGCACGCUCAGCAUCCGGAUUCACAAGGGCCUCCACUCGGGGUUCCGCGCGCCGGACGCUAACGCCCCGUUCUGGGGCGUGUGCGCGCCCCGGGACGACCCUGCGGACCCAACCCCGAACCCCCUGAUCGACAUCUUCAUCUCCCAGUCCGCCCCCAACGACGCCGCCGUCGUCCUCCACACUUGGCUCGCUCACCAUGGCCGCUCUCGUGUCACGCGCCUCGCCCACGAGGUCGUCCUCGAGAACAUCACCGGCGGCGCGCACCCGUCCGGCCUGCCGACGUCAGUGCGAACGGCCCUUGAGGGGUCCAGCACCGCCGAGCUCCUCCUCAUCCUGCAGCACCUCCGGCUCUCGGGCGAGGACACCCCGUUCGGCGCACCCAUCCGGGCCUUUGUGAACGACCUCCUCAUGGAAGGCACGACGAAAAUGACGUGGAUGAACAUGUGCGCGCGGCGUGCGCUCGACGGCUCCAUGAGCAUGCUCGAGAUCCUCUGCCUCCGCCUCGAGCACCACGCGCGCGCGGGCGCCACGCGCCUGCCUGUCAUCGUCGACCUCAUGAAGCUGUACCACGUCAUGGACGAGAUCAUGAUCGACUCGCUUUACAAAGGCAACCACAAGCCGCUCAGAACACUGACAAAGGCGCUCUUGCAUGUUUACGGCCGCGAACCCGCCGCGCCCGGGGCGGGAGAGCGCGUCGACGUCGCCGCCGACCUCUUCGCCCUCAUGUUCUUCACCUGCCUCCGCCGCGCAGCCUUCGAGGACGUCUACCUUGAGAGUGUCGACCGCUGCCCCGUCUUCCUCCAGCAGGCGGACCAGGCCGCUGUCUUCUCCGAGCUCUGGACACUCGGCUCCCAGUGCGAGAACUACUUUGGCAUCGUCCCGCGAGAAAUCGGAGACAUCAUCUACCACCGCCGCCAAGCGCAGCUCGAGGCGCUCGGCGGGCCCAAGGCAGCCGACCGCCAGAACAACGAGAUCAUGACCAUGUACGCGUCCACCGACGACGCUACCCCGAAGACUAAGGAGGCCAUCCUCCAGAUGCUCGCCGAGAGCAGUGUCGACGCCAAGCUCAGCCUGUUCGAGCGCUUCACCGUCUGGCGCAUGCGCUUUGCCGCCGCGAGCGCGAUGAGCAUCUUCUGCGCGCCCGCCAUCGUCGACGUUGUCCUCCUCACCUUUGUCGGCCGCGGUCUCUUCAUGACAGCGUACAUGGACUCAGCCGUGGUUCAGGCCGCGGGUUAUGCGCUCCUCACCGCGCUCCUGCUCACCGCUGGCGUCACCGGCUGGGUGGGCAGCGCCGGCUCCCACUACCUUCCUCACUACGCCUACGACAACAUCAUCCUGUUCCACGUGCAGCGCCUCGCGGGCGGGUUCGUGCUUGCCGUCAUCAUCAGCGUGUUCGGCUGCAUCGGCUUCGCGGUCAGCCUCUCGGUCGCUUCCGGCUUCGUGUUCGCCGCGUACCUCAUCGGCAUCUCAACGUACCUCAACCUGCUCGGUAUCAUGAGCACGAUGCAUCAGCACGGCUCCCCACUGCCGUCUGGCCGCAACGUGUUCCUGCAGACGUUCCCGAUCCUGUUUAUUUCGCCCCUCCUCUCCUCGCUCGUGAGCGGGCACGACCUCGAAAUCUACCUCCCCGUCAUGUACGGGUUCCUCGUCGUCGCGCUCCUGCGCUACCGCCGGCUCUGUCACCAGUGGAGCGGGUGGAUGAAGGAUAUCCCCGACUUCAAGGAGACCGACAUCACCAGCUGGUACACGUCCAAGGUCGUGGCCGAGAAGUCGACCGACGACGUCGCCUCACAGGCGCGCAGCGCGUUCGUGGCAGCCAUUGCUAGCUACAACCGCCGCGACAAGGACAUUGUCAAGGACCAGCUCGUCGGCAAGGUCGCGCGCGGAAUGCCGUUCGUCGCAUGGUUGUUCAAGAAAGGCGGCGCCAGCCAGCCCGAGCCGUUCACGCCGGCGUGGUUCACGGCGCUCGGCGAGGCAGUGUCGCAGCAGCGCCAGCUCUCGCGCGGCCUCAAGGACCACAGCGUCAUGGCCCUCUUCCGCAUCGCGCGCUACGACCUCGGGCAGAACCUCGGCUUGUUCCUUGUUGCUCUCCUCGACCGCUGGAUCAUGCUCGUCAUGGGCGCUCGCACGCCCUACCCCUCCCUCUACCUCGACCUGCGCUCCCGCUACGCCUUCUGCUUCUGCAUCGUCUACUUUUGUCUCAGCAGCAUGGUCCUCGACGCCACCCUCUUCAAGUACUGGUCCAUCCGCGACGACCUGUCCCAGGAGAAGCUCGUCGACCUUGCGCACGCGCAGCGCGUCGCCGAGGAGACGGACCGCAAGCGCAAAGACUCCAUGCUCCAGGCCCUCGCCGACGUUGCCGGCAAGGUGUCCAUUGUGUUCGGGAUCAUGAUAAUCCUCAUGUGGCUCUUCGUCGACAACUAUAAGACGAUCAUCAUGUUCUACAUGUACAUGUUCGGCUAUACCUGCUGUCUGCUGUUCCAGUUCAACCGCUGCUUCACGACCAACGUCGCGACCCAUGUCCGCAUCAUCCUGUACUCGGCUGCGAUCGGCUUCGUCAUCGGCAUCAUUCUACACGCGCUCCCCUGGACGUGCGGUUUCCUGUACAAUGACCUCAUCUGCCAGAACUUCGCCGCCGGAAUGGCCGCGCUCGGCACGUCGCUCUUCACGAUCAAGGACUGGUUCGGCUCGCGGUUCCAGCUUCUUUCUCCGAAAAACGAGAACCCCGACCCCGUCUACGUCCAGCCCCGCCUCAUGACGCUGUCGACCACGGGCAAGCCCGUGUGCAAGUCCGAGAUGCCGAAGAGGUUCACGAGCCCGACGCUCUGGCACGACGACGGCACCGCGACCAGCACUCAGGUCAGCAGCAUCCUCGCUACAGCACUGAACGGCGCGCGGGGCCGCACAGCAUGGUCGACGCGCGUGAUGCAGGAGGCGCUGAACAUGUGGACCGGGGGCCGGCUCACCGUUGGCGUUCUCCCGCGCGAUCAGUUCGACGCUGCAGGGCUGGGCGAGUUCUUCUCAGUGUCGUACCGUCGCAACCUAGGCCUGCACGUCGCCCUGUGCUUCUCGCAGACGGACAUCACGUACACGAUGCUUCCAAACAUCGUCGCAGAAUGCGUCGUGUAUCACGUCGCUCACGUCCAGUUGGGUCUCUCCCACAGCCAGGCGCUCUUCGCUGAGAGCUUCGUGAACGGCAUCCUGAGCGUGCGCUUGCAGACUGACCUGGGCCAGGUUGACGCUGGCGCGCUGAGCGCUCUCCCUCGCAAGUCUCGCAAGGAGCUCAUGCUCUCGCUCUGCCUCGAGCUAAACGUCGAUACCGAGUGGCAGCACAUGCCUGCUGACGCGCGUGCAGUGAUCAUCGCCCGUAUCGAGGGCACGCCCGCCAAAUACUCGGACGCGUUUACGUCGUGGUGCCAACGCUCAGAGGUCGACGUGCAGACUGCCGACUUUGGCAUCAAUCUCCACAUCGCACUGUACCAGAAUUCGGUCCACCUCCUGGGCGACGCCGACGCGCAGCAUUACGAGACCCCCGCGCGCCUGAUGUCGGUCCCGAUCGUGCAAGACGGCCGCCCCGCGUUCUGGAAGCGCCUACAAAGGUUCCCGUACGACGCCGUCAAAUGGAUUGCAAUCAUCUCGGGCGGCGGCUCCAACAUCGAGCGCGAGAUCUACCACCUUCUGCGCGGUAAGCGCGUCCCCGUCUUCAUCGUCCUCGCCAUCUGGAAGUGCUGCUGGGUUGUCCAGAGAUUCUUCGUCUACUGGAUCCUCCUGUACCACCGCCCGACGCUCGCGCGCAUCAUGCGUCUCGCGACCAAGGGCGCCCGCCGCAAGAUCAACCGUAACCGAAUCGUCGUAGAGCUCACGCGCCGCUACGUCACCGGCUUCGCCGCUGCCGAGGACGACGGCUCCAUGAGCCUUCAGGGCUGGGACGGCCUGCACGAGUUCGACCCUGCGAAGGGCAAGCCGGUGUUCGUCGCAAGCUAUGACCGCGACUUCCGCCUUAUGUACCGCUCUGAUGGCGGCUCGGCCAUGAGCACGUACCAUUACCCAACGCGCGGAAAGGAGCGCCGCCCAUCGCGCCGCCCGAUCAGCGUCGAGGUCACAAAUGAGAACCUGCACUCGGUCGGGUACUACGACAAGCAGGGGCGCGUGAUCCGUGGCCACCUCACGCUUGGGGAGUCCUUUGACCUUUCGUUCACGUACCACUACAAGAAGGGCAACACUGGUGGCUCGCACCUGCUGCGCGCGGACUACAACCAGGGCGGCGACUCGCUAAGUGUGUUCUUGGGCAACCCGAUCGACACAGAGGACUACACGUGGGUGCCGUCGAAGACCGUUGGCCUCAUCAUCCGCCGCAUCCAAGGGCGCACAUACACGACCGAGUUCGACUACUCGCACCGCCGCGAUCCCGUAAUGACGACGUACCUCGAGGAGGGCAACGGGCGGCGUACGGCGAUGACGGUGGCGCCGACGUGCUGGCCGAACGAGAAGAUCCUCCUGUCCAUGCCGAGCAACCACAGUUUCGAGGCGGACGACUUGCUCAUCGAGCACUCUGCGCUGCAACUGGGCCAGAUGCGUGCGUACGCGCGCACAAAUACGAAGGGGUUCCACCCCGCGCGCUGGCUCUCGCUCUGGCGCCGCAGGCAGUACACGCCGGUUCCCACCUGGCGCGUGCGUACUGAGCUGUGGGACCAGUGGCUGCAAAACACGGACCUCGAUGCCGUCACCGCGUGCACGGUCGACGAGAUCAUCCUGCGCGAGGAGCCGCUGCUGCGCCCCUACUGGCGUGCGCGCGACCGCGGACGCCUCCCCGAGGCGCGCAAGCUGCUGGACGAGAACAUCAGUCAGAUUGUCAGCGCUAUCGACAUCGAUACAGACGUUUCCGAGAAGACGCUACUCGCCAUCCGCACGUCGGACCUGUACUCGAUGGGUCUCGCACAGGACGCGAACGCGGUCACCUCCCGCCCCCAGGACUGCUACCAGGACACGAACGACCGCAUCUCUGUCAUCUUCAACGACAUUGGCUGCUGGCCUGUCGCGCCCGGCGGUGUGUCCAACUGCCGCCGCGAUCUCAUCAACGGCCACAACACGAUCCGUAACCACGUCCUUGCCGAGUGCGCCAACGACUACGGAAUCCCCCGUUUCCAGGUUGAGAAGUCGGUGCAAAGCCUCAAGCUGCUCCCCCUCUGGGGUCUCGACGGUGGCACUGCCCGCCACGGCGUCAUCGACAACUACCUCGAGUCCCAGGUCGACGCCAAGGUACAGGACACGGACCUUGACCGCGAUAUUGUUGGCACGUUUGUGCCGCUCGUCGAUGCGUUUGUCAAGGGCUGCCGCAUGAAGCGCCUCGACUACGACGAUCUCCUUCACAUGUCCAACGUCUUCCUCUCGUUCGGCAAGUACUACGAGCUCAAGGACUACACACUCACGUGGCGUUCGCCCGAGAUCGAGCAGGCGUGGAUCGCCGCGUGGAUGCGCUCGUACGACGACCCCAACAUCGCGGACCCGGCCGAGUGCUUUGACAUCUCGCGCCCGUCCAUGUUCGACUUCCGCCAGGCGUUGUACAUCUACCUCGCGUACUUCUUCAUCUUCUCGGUCGGCGUUCCCGAGCGCUGCCCGCGCGUGUUCCAGAGCACGCACCACGGCAUCUCGUCCCUCUUCGGCAUGGUGCUCAAGUACCGCCGCGGGGUCACGUUCGGGAUCUGGGACCAUGCGAUCCUGUGGCGCGAGUCGUGCCUCAACUUUUCGGUCGCGCAGUGCCAGCUCCCCGUCGCGGUGCAGAACAUGCUCCUCGCCGGCAUCGGUGUGGCGACCCGCCUCGCGUACUUCCACGCGGACGUCGUCCUGCCGUGCGCCUCGCUGUUCAACCCGAUGUGGGAGACGGAGCUCGGCUCUGAUGGCUCGCGCAUCUGCGCCCGCAACACGUUCCACCGCAAGAUCGACCCGAUCGUGAACGGCAUCUCGAACAUGGAGAGCUUCACGCCGGUCGACAAGGUCCGCACUGACAUCCCGACGGUCGUGAUGCUGUCCAACGUCCAGUUCAUCAAGGGUGUCAAGGUCGCGAUCCAGGCGGCCGACAUCAUCAUCAACAAGUUUGGGUUCAAGGAUUAUCGCCUCGUCGUGUACGGAGCCAAGGAUCGGCAGCCGUCUUACUGCCUCGAGAUGGAGAAACUCAUCGUCGACAACAACCUGACCAAGCACGUCGUGCUCGCGGGCUUCGGCAAGCCGAGCGAGGUGCUCAAGGACGCGUGGCUGUUCAUGAACUCGUCGAUCUCGGAGGGCCUUCCGCUCGCGAUUGGUGAGGCGGCGCUGGCUGGCGUGCCCAUUGUCGCGACCGAGGUCGGCGCGACUGCACUCGUGCUGACCGACCCCCUGAACCCGGAACAGCGGUACGGUGAGGUCGUGCCGCCUAACGACGCGUUGGGGCUUGCGCGUGCACAGAUUGCGAUCCUGUCCAUGUCGGGCCCCUGGGCCAAGUUCACCGACGGCGCUGAGGGCUCGCCGCUGCCGGAUGUGAUCACGCCCGGCGAGGACGUUGACAAGCUCACCAAGCGCUUCUACGAGUUUGCCGACGACCGUCGCAAGCUCGGCCUACUCUCGCGCGAGGUCGUCCUCCACUCGUUCCACGGAAGCCGCUACCUCCGCGAACACGAGCAGAUGUACUGGAUCCAGUGGCAUCUCGCGCGCAUGCGCGCGAACAAGCUGCUCAAGUCAAAGCCGUUCAAGUUUGGCGCGCCAGAGCACCUGCGCUACAUCGAAUAG